CGUGACUUGCUCGAGCCCCGUGACCUCGGAUCAGUCUCGUGACUGCAGCACGGGGCAGGCGAGGUGAUCAGGGUCGUCAAGGCGCACUCUUCCCAUCUCACCCAUCACUGUCCCCAGCCUCGUCACCCUUGGCAUCCCUCCCCCUCGACGGUCCCGCUCAUGGCGCAUCCUUCUCCGGCGGCAAGCAUGUCGACCAGGUCAAUACAAGAGUCACAGAUUGAUCCCAACAUUGGCAACACGCCUCGCUCUCAGGCUGCGCUGCGCGGCACUCCCAAGGCUGAGCCAACAAACGAAGAAGUCACUCGCAGAGCGCCCAGUUCGACUCAGACUUACCCCGUCCAACCAUCGUACGACGGUACACCUCCCGUUCGAUCACCUGCUUCUGCUCCCCAUGCUUCAGGAAGUGCAGAGUAUGGCAAUUAUCCCGUCUCUGCGCCGGGCGAGGGAUACGGCCACCAUGCGCUCGUCAGUUCGCCUGCUCCUGCUCGGUUCACUCCCGGUAGAAGGCUAGAGGAAGAAGGAAAACAGGAUGUCAGGGUAGCUUCGGACGGGAGCACACCUGCCAAACGACCCCGGAUGAGCCGAGAUGAUUCUGUUGGCGAGAGAGACAACGACCGGGUUCGCAAGGAUAAUCAUAAAGAAGUAGAGCGCAAGCGACGGCUGGGGAUCAAUCUGGGCAUAGAAGAGCUGGGCAAGAUCAUCCCGGGCGAGAACAAGAACAAGGGAGAUAUUCUGAUAGCGGCGAGCGGAUACAUCAAGGAGCUCAAGGAGGCAGAAGCGAGCAAUAUCGAAAAGUGGACGCUCGAGAAGCUCAUGACCGAUCAGCACAUACAAGAACUCCAAGCCCAGGUAGAGUCGAGCAAGAAGAUGCUCGCAGAGGCAAAGAACACCCUUGUCGCAAAAGACGCAGAGAUUGCUUCACUCCGUCGUUCUCCGUCCAAGUCAUAGUGCGACCUUCCCUCUUGAGCUCCUGUGAGGGCAUGUUGUUGCGAUUGUACUCAAGAGUGUAUAGCCCAC